AUGUCCAACUACUCAUCCCGCCAAUCCCUCGCACCCACCUCCCGCACCAACCACACCUCCACGUCCUCCAACCAAACCUCACGACUCUCCACCAUCCCCACUCAAGCAUCCAAGCAACGCCAACUAUCGCACUUGAACUCCCAACUCGCGCAACUUACAGCACACAUGUCUGAUCUCGAGAACUUGCUCAGAAUGACUGCUGUGCAAGCCGAAGGAAUGAGAGGCUUGGGUGGGUAUGCGGGUGGUAUGUUUAUGGCUGCUAGUAAGGUGUUGGGUGAGGAGGCUGUCAAGAAUGAGGCUAAGGAUGAGAGGCAGGGGAGAUGA